CAAGGGAAAAAAGUUAGAAAAUGAAGUCAGGGUGACAGAGGGUAAGAAAAUUUUUUAGGAAGGGAAAGAAAAAGAAAAAGAUUUAUGAUAUUUGAUAAUAGUUUAUAAUUUAACUGUAAAUGGAUUCCAACUUGAAAGUGUGGGAACAAAAUUCCGGUAGGAAAGUUAAUCGGCCUAAUAAAAACAAGAAUUGAAAAGUAACCAAUAUUCGGAAUUUAGCUUUAUCAACUAACAGUCGUUACGCUAGCAGUUGCUCUCACUCAUUUUCCGCCAUUAUUGUUUGCUUCUCGACCAAGCCAUUUUCCUCUCCAAUCCAGUCCUCCUUCUCUUUAACGCUAAAAUCAGUAAAAAUGGCUGAGAAAAUAGUCGACAACAUUUUGGAGAACCUUGGGGAAAACAUUGCGGAGAAUGUUUCAAAGCAGAAAUCUGUUUCAUCAUUCUUUGAGGGGCAGACAUCAAGCUCGGUCAAUUCUAAUUUCAAAAGGCUGUUUGGACGCCAGAAGCCUGUACAUCAUCUUUUAGGGGGCGGAAAAUCUGCUGAUGUUUUUUUAUGGAGGAACAAGAAGAUUUCUGCCAGCGUGUUAAUGGGUGCAACAGCAAUCUGGGUGCUUUUUGAAUGGCUUAAUUACCAUUUUCUAACCCUUCUGUUUGUUGCUAUGGCACUUGGUAUGCUUGUCCAAUUUCUUUGGUUAAAUGUUUCUGGUUUAUUUAACAGAUCACCAUCUAAAGUCCCACGCCUUGUUUUGCCCUCGGAGCUAUUUGUCAACAUUGGUGUUUCAGUUGGUAAUCUGGUUAAUCAAGCUCUGGGGUUUCUUCAGGACGUUUCAUGUGGAGGAAAUUUGAAACAAUCUAUGUUGGUUUUAGCAAGCUUGUGGGUUGCUGCUGUGAUAGGGAGCUGGUGCAACUUUCUGACUGUUUUAUAUGUUGGUUUCGUUGCUGCCCACACAUUACCAGUCCUUUAUGAGAAGUAUGAAGAUCAAGUUGACAGCUUUGUAUACGAUAUUUUUGGGCAGUUGCAAAACCAAUAUCAAAAGCUUGAUGCCGGUUUCCUCAGCAAGAUCCCCAAAGGAAAGCUCAAAGGGAAGAGCGAAUAAAUCGAUUCGAUUAAUUUCGAGUCUUUUGAUGAUCUUAUUUAGUAGAAAACAUGGUAUUGUCAUCUGUAAAAUAUUAGUUUAUUAUAAAGGCUCCCUUGUUGUUUAUUAUGAGAUGUUAAGGGUGUAUUUAGUUGGAGUAAUGUUUAUUAUAAAAAAAGGAAAAAUUACUGUAAAGAUAUAUCACUUGGAAAGUAAGUAUAAAUAAUUAUUAUGUUUA